AGCUAUAAAGGAGCUAAAGACAAGACUGCAGCCGGCACAUUGAGACACGCACGGACAAAGACGAAGAAGCAGUAAAGAGUGUGUGAGCGCCCGUCUGUGUGAAUAAAUAAAUAAAAGAAACCCCAGAGAAACACUCGGUGUAACAGUGUGAACGAGAGGCUGAGCCCAGAGCAGAGGACACAGGAGCACAGGGAGGAAGGAGGAGGGUGAGAAAGAGUCAAAGAGAGACAGAGGAGAGAGGAAAGAGAGAGGGAGAGACAUCAGAGCGUGGAACAGGUUCUUUCUGCAGCCCUUGCACUCAGCCUCAGCAGUCAUGCCUAACUUUGCUGGCACCUGGAAGAUGAAGAGGAGUGAGAAUUUUGAUGAACUUCUCAAAGCCCUGGGAGUGAACGCCAUGCUGAGGAAGGUGGCUGUGGCUGCGGCUGCCCACCCCCACGUGGAGAUCCGUCAGGACGGCGAGCAGUUCUACAUCAAAACGUCUACCAGCGUGCGCACCACCGAGAUCAAUUUCCACAUUGGUGAAGAGUUCAACGAGGAGACGGUGGAUGGACGAAAGUGCAAGAGCCUUGCCACCUGGGAGUCCGAGAACAAGAUCCACUGUCAGCAGACUCUGGUGGAUGGCCAAGGCCCCAAAACAUACUGGACCCGAGAGCUGAACGGAGAUGAGCUCACACUGGUUUUUGGGGCAGAUGAUGUAGUGUGCACACGGAUUUACGUCCGGGAAUGAAGCUCUACAACCAUAAGGACAAGGAAGAAACCCAGUUGGACCACAACUCAUUUAAACCCAACAACUCUCUGUCAUGCUAACACGCUAACGCAUUUGCAAAGUAUCCUGUGUUAUCUCUAAGCAUCAAUCUGCAUAGUCUCCACAUACAAUAGCAUUGUCUCUGUAAUCUGGUUAUCUGUAGUGAGUAUUGUGUCUGCAGUACAGUAGCUGGAUAUGUCAGUGUCCAUAUCUGCAACCCUGGUGUCAGCUGUUUGCGUAGGAUUUAGUCAUCAGUUGCAUCGAUUAAGUAUUCAUGUUCUAUGACAGGAAACAAUAAAAAAUGGAACAAACAGUA